AUGAUUUUAUUUCCUCCACAGACUUCAGUUUUCGUGGUCAACCUGAGCAUUGCGCCAAAGGACAGCAUAAAUUCAAGAAAACAACAUAAAAAUUAUUUGUUUUAUGCUAGAAAUUUAAGCAUUCGAAAACUAUUGCUUUCUUCUUCUUCUUCUUCUUCUUCUUCUUCUUCUUCUUCUUCUUCUUCUUCUCGUUCUUCUUCUUCUUCUUCUUCUUUUUCUUCUUCUUCUUCUUCCAUUCUUUUUCUUCUUCUUUUGCUUCUUCUCCUUUUCAUUUUCUUCUUCUUUUACUUCUUCUUCUUCUUCUUUUCUUUUUCUUCCUCUUCCCUUCUUCUGCUUCUACUUCUUCCGUUUUCUUCUACUGCUUUGGCCUCCUCAUCUUUUUUUUUCUUCUUUUUCUUCUUCUCCUACCAUCAUUCUUCUUCUUUUGCUGCUUCUCCUUUUCUUCUUUUUCAUAUUUUUUCUUCUUCCCUUCUUUUCCCUCUUCCUCCUCCUUCUCCUUCUCCUCCUCCUCCUCAUCAUCAUCAUCAUCUUCUUUUCUUAUUUUUCUUUACUUCUUCCCUUCUUUUCCCUCUUCCUCCUCCUUCUCCUUCUCCUCCUCCUCCUCCUCAUCAUCAUCAUCUUCUUUUCUUAUUUUUCUUUACUUCUUCCCUUUUUUUCCCUCUUCCUCCUCCUUCUCCUUCUCCUCCUCCUCCUCCUCAUCAUCAUCUUCUUUUCUUAUUUUUCUUUACUUCUUUCCUUCUUUUCCCUCUUCCUCCUCCUUCUCCUCCUCCUCCUCCUCAUCAUCAUCAUCAUCAUCUUCUUUUCUUAUUUUUCUUUACUUCUUCCUUUUUUUCUUCUUCUUCUUGA